AUGGUAUGGUUUAGAGCUGGAUCUAGUGUGGCAAAGCUUGCAAUAAGGAGAACUCUACGACGGGGUGUAUCAUAUGCUGCAAGAACGCGUGUUCUUUCAUCAGGAAGUCGCUCUUUUCAUACUACGAUUUUCAAAUCAAAAUCAGAACCUGGACCAGUCCCUAGAUCUGUUCCACUUUCUAGGUUAUCAGAUAGCUUCUUAGAUGGAACUAGUAGUGUCUACUUGGAAGAGCUUCAGAGAGCCUGGGAGGCUGACCCAGAUAGUGUUGAUGAGUCAUGGGACAAUUUCUUUAGGAACUUCAUUGGCCAGGCAACUCCGUCUGCUGGAGUAUCCGGUCAAACUAUUCAAGAGAGCAUGCGGUUAUUAUUGCUCGUGAGAGCUUACCAAGUCCAUGGUCACAUGAAAGCCAAAUUGGAUCCACUGGGUCUCGAGCAGAGGGAGAUUCCUGAUGAUUUGAAUCCGGGUUUUUAUGGCUUCAGUGAAGCUGAUUUAGAUCGUGAAUUUUUUCUAGGUGUAUGGAGGAUGUCUGGGUUUUUGUCUGAAAACCGGCCUGUGCAAACUCUUAGAGCAAUUUUAACUAGACUUGAACAGGCUUAUUGUGGAAGCAUUGGUUAUGAGUACAUGCACAUUCCAAAUCGUGAACAAUGUAAUUGGUUAAGAGACAGAAUAGAGACUCCGUCUUCAAUUGAAUAUAACAGUCAACGACGUGAGGUUAUCCUUGACAGGCUCAUUUGGAGUACUCAGUUUGAGAACUUCUUGGCUACCAAGUGGACUGCUGCUAAGAGGUUUGGACUUGAAGGUGGUGAGACAUUAAUACCUGGCAUGAAAGAGAUGUUUGAUAGGUCGGCAAAUCUUGGUGUUGAGAGCAUCGUGAUUGGGAUGUCUCAUAGAGGAAGAUUGAACGUUUUAGGUAAUGUUGUUCGGAAGCCAUUGCGUCAAAUUUUCAGCGAAUUCAGUGGUGGUACAAAGCCAGUCGAUGAUGUUGGACUUUAUACUGGAACUGGUGAUGUCAAGUAUCACUUAGGAACUUCUUAUGAUCGCCCAAUGAGAGGUGGAAAGAGAAUUCAUUUAUCUUUGGUUGCAAACCCCAGUCACUUGGAAGCUGUAGAUCCUGUUGUAAUUGGAAAAACAAGAGCAAAACAAUAUUAUUCAAAUGAUGUGGAUAGAACAAAGAACAUGGGCAUCCUAAUUCAUGGGGAUGGAAGCUUUGCUGGACAAGGUGUGGUCUAUGAGACAUUGCAUUUGAGUGCUCUCCCAAAUUACACAACCGGCGGCACUAUCCACAUUGUGGUGAACAAUCAAGUUGCCUUUACCACUGAUCCAAAAUCUGGAAGAUCAUCACAAUAUUGUACAGAUGUUGCUAAAGCUUUGGAUGCUCCUAUUUUCCAUGUUAACGGUGAUGAUGUAGAAGCAGUUGUUCAUACUUGUGAGCUUGCAGCAGAGUGGCGUCAAACAUUUCAUUCAGAUGUUGUGGUUGACAUCACUUGUUAUCGUCGAUUUGGGCAUAAUGAAAUUGAUGAACCAUCUUUUACACAACCAAAAAUGUACAAGAUUAUCCGCAAUCACCCCUCUGCACUUGAAAUAUACCAAAGGAAGCUCUUAGAAACUGGUGAAACCACAAAAGAAGACAUUGACAAAAUACAAAAUAAAGUUACCUCGAUCCUGAAUGAAGAAUUUGGGGCUAGCAAGGAUUAUAUUCAGCAAAGAAGGGAUUGGCUUUCAGCUUACUGGUCAGGAUUUAAGUCCCCUGAACAGCUUUCACGUAUUCGUAACACUGGGGUUCAACCUGAGAUCUUAAAGAAUGUUGGGAAGACAAUCACAACCCUUCCAGAAAACUUCAAGCCUCACAGAGCAGUUAAAAAGAUAUUUGCUGAUCGUUUAAAGAUGAUUGAAACAAGUGAGGGUGUGGAUUGGGCGGUAGCAGAAGCCCUUGCUUUUGCAACAUUGCUAGUGGAGGGGAAUCAUGUGAGGUUGAGUGGUCAAGAUGUCGAAAGAGGUACUUUUAGUCAUAGGCAUUCUGUUAUCCAUGACCAAGAAACUGGGGAGCGGUAUUGCCCUUUGGACCAUGUUAUAAUGAAUCAGAAUGAGGAAAUGUUCACUGUUAGCAACAGCUCUCUUUCAGAGUUUGGUGUCCUAGGAUUCGAAUUGGGUUAUUCAAUGGAAAACCCAAAUUCAUUGGUGUUAUGGGAAGCCCAAUUUGGUGAUUUUUCCAAUGGAGCUCAGGUGAUGUUUGAUCAGUUCUUGAGUAGUGGGGAGGCUAAGUGGCUACGUCAGACUGGGUUGGUUGUGUUGCUGCCUCAUGGUUAUGAUGGUCAGGGCCCUGAACAUUCUAGUGCAAGGCUCGAACGUUUCCUUCAGAUGAGUGAUGAUAAUCCGUUUGUUAUACCCGAGAUGGAACCAACACUACGUAAGCAAAUCCAAACAUCGAAUUGGCAGGUAGUCAAUGUUACGACCCCAGCAAAUUAUUUCCAUGUCUUGCGUCGCCAGUUGCAUAGGGAAUUCCGUAAGCCGCUUAUUGUGAUGUCUCCUAAGAAUUUGCUUCGCCAUAAAGAUUGCAAAUCAAAUCUAUCAGAGUUCGAUGAUGCCAAAGGUCACCCGGGUUACGAUAAACAAGGGACCAGGUUCAAACGGCUUAUCAAGGAUCAGAAUGGUCAUUCAGAUGUUGAAGAGGGCAUUAGACGUUUAGUUCUUUGCUCUGGAAAGGUCUAUUAUGAACUUGAUGAACAAAGGAAGUCAGUGAAUAGCAAAGACAUUGCAAUUUGUCGAGUAGAACAACUUUGCCCUUUCCCAUAUGACCUCAUCCAGCGUGAACUAAAGCGUUACCCAAAUGCGGAAAUCGUUUGGUGCCAGGAGGAGCCAAUGAAUAUGGGGGCGUACACUUACAUUGCUCCUCGUCUUGCUACCUCCAUGAAGGAGGUGGGAAGAGGUAACAUAGACAACAUCAAAUACGUGGGUCGUGCUCCAUCUGCUGCUACUGCAACCGGAUUCUACGGAGUUCAUGGUAAAGAACAAUCCGAGUUAGUCCAGGAAGCCAUGCAGCCCGAUCCCAUCGCCAACCCCUCCCUUGCUUAA